UUAUAAAUAAUAAAAAGUAAUAUUAACAAAAUGGAUGACGAAUACAUUAAAAUUACCUUCCGCAAUGGAAAAACAGUUUUUUCUACUUACUUAAAACGUUACGAUAAUUUCUUGGUCUUAAGGCAAGCAGUGGAGCACCGAAUAUGCUCGAUAUUGGAUCGCAAUAUCCCAAAAACUGAUUUCACUUUUUUCUGGGAAGACACUGAUAGCGAUCCAAUUGAAAUAUUUGAUGUAUUUGAUUAUGAUAUUUUCCUUAAGAAAUGUGUAAAGAAACCGCAUUUAUUCGUUUCACUCUCAUCAAACACGGAAACUGAUGGUGAAGUAACUGCGGAAAAAGUGCCUAAUAACAAUGCUACGCCAUCGACCCCUAAGAACGACUCUACACACGAACCAAAACUCAGCAAUGAAGUACAUGAAUAUGUUACUUGUGACAAUUGUUCGGCUACUCCAAUUACUGGUUUUCGGUACAAAUGUUUGAUCUGUCCUGAUUAUGAUUUGUGUCAGAUUUGUGAACAAAAGCAAGCGCAUAAAGAACAUAUUAUGCUUCGUUUGCCGAAUGUUGCUUCUCGCGCAUUUAUUGAUUAUCGUGGCUUCUGUCGUACUAAGCGAAACAAGAAUUGCAAUUACGACUUUGGUGUGCCAAUAGUGGAUACUCCUACUGGUAAUAAUGAAAAUACAGAAACUCCUAGAGAUCGCCAUCACCAUCAUCGUGGGCAUAGAUAUCACCGCCGUAUGCGCCAUGGAUUCUUUAAUAAUUUAUAUGAUAUAAUGCAUGAUUUAGCUGAGGGUGGUGCUGGUGGAGCUCGAACUAAUAAUAAUGCAUCUUCAAAUGCUGAAACGGCAAACGCUUCUCAGCAAGCUUAUGAAUCUGGCUUCGAAACACCAGAAGAAUUAAUUGAAGAAAGCGUAGCUUUGGCUGCUGAAGCUGCAAAUGCAGCAGCUGCUAAAGCUAGAGAAGCAGCAGCUAACGUUAUGUAUAAUAUACAGAAGGAAGCUGCUAAAAAUGCUGCUUCAUCAAAUAAUGACAAUAAGAAAAAAGAAACUACUAAUGAUGACUCAUCAAAAACACCACCAUCAACACCUGGUAAUAUGGAAACUGAUGCUGGUAAUGCUAAUGGCAACAAUACGGAAGAAGCCGUCCCUGUUCUUCCUCCAGGUUUAGCAAACUUCGUUAAUCCAGCUUAUAUGAAAGCUGGCAUACAAAUUUUAAAUAAUUUCAAUACGAUGUUUGCUAAAAUGUUGGACCCUACAGAUGUUAGUAACUUUGCAGGAUCAAAUGUAGACAUGGGUUUCAACUCAAACAUGAACUCAAACUCAACUGGUGGUUCAACUCCAACUUCUACUACUGGAAAUCAACAGCAAAAUCAAAAUACAACUUUUGUCGAAGCUACCACUUCAGCCGCAGCUGCAACAGCAUCUACAGCUGCCACUUCAGCCGCAGCUGCAACAGCAUCUACAGCUGCCACUUCAGCCUCAGCUCCAACAACAUCUGCAGCUGCAAACGGAGCUACAGAAUUAAUGACCGAUGAUAAGCGUGACAUUUUAAAGAAUUCUGAAGAUCGUCGUGUUUCGCAAACUGAGGAAAUGGAUUGGCAAUUAGUAGAUAAACAAGUUGAGCAAAAUUCAGCUGGUACAAGUUUUGAAGAUGUUUCUUCUGUAUCUAAUGAAUCCACAAAUACAAACAGUGCUACUGCUAGCGUUGAUGCGGCAAUUGAAAUUAAUUAUGAACAACUUAGUAAUGCAUUGAAAGAACAUGUAAGGCAAGAACAAUUACUUGAAGAAAAUCUCAGGUCUCAAAUGGUAAUUGAUGAAAAUAAUGAAGCCAAAACUGUUGGUACUCAAACACCAAAAGCUACUACAAGCGAAGCAGGUAAUACCACUGCAAAUCAAACAAAUGAAGCUGGUACAACAACAGAGCCGAUGCAAACCAAUGUUUCUCAACCGAUUGCAAUGGCAGAUACAACUCCAACUGCUCCUACAGCACCAGUUGUUACUAGCAAUACACCAACAACUUCAGAUCCACUUACUCCGCCUGAAACACGUGCUGUCCCAGUUUAUCAUCCAGACAAACGCAUCAAUGCCUCUGUGCUUGCUAUGAUGGCUAUGGGAUUCAGCAAUGAGGGUGCUUGGUUGACACAGCUGCUCGAAUCUGUAAAUGGUAACAUACCAGAAGCUUUAGAUUUUAUGAGUGUUGCACAAACCGGCAAUAAUUAAGUGCAGUGAUCGAUUUACGAAAUUUUAAAAACAAAUUAAAUUUCAUUUUAGAUUUUAAGUAAUAUUAUUAUAAUAUACAAAUAACCAA